AUGGACUUGGUAUUUCCUGGGACUCUGAAUCAGGUCGUGCGCCGCCCAGACACGGCGAUGCGGCCGUUUGUAUCGGCGGAAGGCGAGAGCCCGGUCUCCCCGCGGCUUAUCGUCGAGAUCGAGAUCGGCAACAAAAGUAUACUACAAGCCCAGCAGUAUUGCCGUGAAUACUUCGACCUCAUCCCCCUGCUACGCGCGGCCUUGCUGAUCAAAUUCUUCCCAGCUCGCAACGGAGUCUUUGCGUGCGUGGCGAUUCUGUAUCGUCGAAGUGGCGAUGACGAUGAUGAAGUGGUGGUGGCCGACGUGGUAAACUUCGGAAGUGCUUCCAUACCUGAUUAUGCUGAGCGUGACCUGGAGCAAGAGCCUCGCAUUCUGCCGCUUGCACCGCCGUACAAUCCAAACGAGGCUUCAGUGAGUUCGUGGCGAGCUCACCACCAUCCGUUCGUGGAAAUCCCAGCGGAAGACGUGUUUUACCGAAUUCUCGAGCGGUAUUCAGGGCGCCGUGUCAACCCAAGGGCGCUCCCGGCACUUCGAAUCGACCUCUGGGAAAUCUACCAGCUUGUUGAAGGCAUUCUGUUUUGA